AUGUUAGAUGAAAGACCAUAAUCUGAUAAAUAAAACUAAUCAUUGCAGAAUAUUACUCUUCCACCCAUUCAAAAACAAGGUAUCAGAAAUAUAAUAGCUAAAGCUAGAAUUUAACAAUUAGAUUUAUCAAAGUUCAAUAUGAUGCCUAAUUCUGAAAUGACAUUUACUAACUAAUACAAAGAAAGAUGUCCAACUUCCAUACAAUAAGUUUAAAAUCAAAUUUCCGAAAGAAAAUAUCCAAAGCUUGAAAUAUAAAAAUAAUAAAUUUAGCAGAUACCAUCAUACAGACCGCCUUUACCUCCAAUUUAAAAGGAUUAAAUAGAUACUAGUAGACUUAGUGUGAAUAAAAAGUUCAAGAAAUAGGUAUCGAAUGCAUCCAAUUUAUCUGCUAAUGCUUUAAAGCUAAGUGAAAGGUUAAAGAUAGAUUUGGUAAAAGUAAACAGGGAUAAUUCGAUUAAUAAAGGGUAUGAUGAAAAUUCAAAGUAUAUGAGUACAUACAGGUCAUUUUCGUCUGAAAAAUCAUCAGAACAAGGUCCAGAAACUAUCCGAAGAUCUUAAUCAUCAUAAAAAGGUGGAAUAAGAGAGAAAAUGUAGCUAUAGCUAAAUAUAAAUGUAGUCACUACUCCUUUGAAUAAAAUAAAACCUGUGCAUUCAAAUACUACGAUAAUGAGAGAAAAUUUGAAAUAUCAUGAGCCUUAACUAUCUGGUAGGAAUUAGUUGACAGUGCAGAAGAAGCCUAAAAGAGAAAAAUUGAGAAGAGGGUCAACUAGUAUUAGAAAUAUGGGAACAUCCCCAUUAAACAUCAAUACCAUGAAAGUAAGUUCUUUCGGAAAUCAUAAAAGCAGUACGCAAGCAUUAUCAGCAAAUAAGGGCAAAGAUAUGAAAGCAUAGUCAACUCACAUGAAAUCUUCACUUCUGAAAAAUUUCUGCUCUCCAUCAAAUCGAUUAAGCCUAAAAUAGUAAGAACUUAAUGCGAUAAAUAAGAGAGUUAGUGAACUUGGAUAAGUUAAAAAAUAUUAGGACUAUAUUAGAUAAAAUUCUCACCAAUUACAAUAAUUAUGA